AUGCUAGAUAGUGCUGCACUCAACUCAACAUUCCAGCAUUUUCUGGCAGCAGGCUGAGGCGGCCAACAAUCUUUAUCGUACAUCAAGAUGGUUUUCCCAGAGUUAUCGAAAAAGAAGGUUACAAAUCUUCGUGUUUCCGACCUCAAGCUAGAGCUGGAAAAACGGGGUCUUGACCAAAAAGGAGUGAAAGCUGUUCUCGUGGAAAGAUUGCAAACGGCAUUGACAGAAAAUGGUGAAGAUCCCAACGAGAUAUUUAUUGACACUCCAACAACUCCCAAAGGAAGUGCAACCAAAAAACUCCCAACAAGAAAAAGAGUAUCAAAGGGGAAAUCUGGCGAUGAGGAAGGAGAAUCUGAAGAUGAAGGUGAGGAGGGAAUGGACGGCUACUCUGAGGGGAUGGUCGUGGAUGAAGUGACUGAUGAAAUGGAGAGUAGCCAGGAAGAAGGGAUGAAUAAGAUGGAGGAUAUUGACUUGGAUGCCAUGCUGGGGACCCAGGAGGAUGAUGAUGAGGAUGUCCUCAACAUUAGCUUGGAGGAAGACCAACUAUUCACAGAAGAGGAGUCUGAAAGUUUUGCCCAAGAAGUAGGUGAAAAAGCAAGUAUUAAUCAGGAUCAGAAAAUGGAAGCAGAACAGCCUGCUUCAUCAUGUGCUGAAGAAGACACCUCUGGAGGACCAAUCACGACUGAAGACGCUGCAUUGCUUGAUACCUCUGUUGAAAGCAAAGGGGAGGGUAGUGAAUCCUUAGUAGUGCAUGUAGAUGAGCCUUUCAUGUCCGAGCUUGACGCAGAGCUGGCCGAGUCAACACCAAAAGUAUCUCAAGCCAAGCAGGGUGACGUGUCAACCACUCCAGUCGAUAAUAAGAUGGCACAAGAUGAGGAAGGGAAGGAGAAAGGAGAGUCUGAGACACCCGAGAAAGCCAACAAGACCGAUAAGUCCCCAGCGGGGGAUAUCAAGAAGGAAGAAAAGGGAGACGAGAAGGUGACGCCGAGUAAGACAUCUUCCUCCGGCAAAGAGACAAGCUCAGACAAGAAAGGAAACUCCUCAGCCGGAGCUGCAAGCUCUCGCAGCAAAAGCUCUAGCUCCUCUGGAAGAUCUCCAACUUCUAAAGAUGAUAAAGAUCGCCGCAGUUCAGGGUCUUCACGUCCCAGUUCUAGCAGCAGCUCCACUACCUCUGGCCGUAACUUGUGGGUGAGCAACUUAUCAAGGAAUACUAGAGCGGCUGACCUGAAAGCUUCAUUCAGUAAAUACGGAAAGGUGGUUGGAGCCAAGGUAGUAACCAAUGCUAGAGGUCCGAGAGCCUUCUGCUAUGGCUUUGUGUCCAUGUCGUCCAGCUCUGAAGCUGCUAAAGCCAUUAAUCAUCUCCAUCGUACAGAGCUUCAUGGUCGCACUAUCCAUGUGGAAAAAGCACGCUCCAACAUGAUCCCAGUGACCUCCACAUCAGGGGCCUCUGGUCGUAAGCCAGAGCAAAUAGCUGAGAGGAAGGAUGCCAAGGACCGAGCGGAGAAGAAGCCCACAGAUAAGCCAGAAACGAAAGAUGUCAAGCCAGCUGGCGAGGCCGGAAAAGACGACAAGGGAGCUGUGCCUGAGAUCAAAGAUGAGAAGCCGACAGAGAAGGUUGCUGAGACACCGAAGGAGGAGGGUACAAAUGACAAGACUGAUGCUAAGACAACCGUAGAUGAUACUGUGAAGGCAGAAGGGACGGACGGAAAACCAGCUGACAGUUCUGAAGCUGAUAAGAAGACUGAAGCAUCUCCUGCUGUAAAGAAAGACGGAGCCAAAGAUGAGAAACGUACCUCUCGCUCUCGCUCAAGCACCGCUGACACCAAGGACCGUAAAGACAUCCUUUCUCUUGAGAAGAUCCGGGAACAGCGUCUGCGAGAGAGACAACGCAAACGUGAACGUGACAUGCGUGAGAUGGAGAGACGCAGGGAGCGGGAGCGUCAAGACUCCAUUAGACGAGAGAGGGAGAUCAUUCGACGUCGUCAACGUGAAGAAGAGGAUAAGCUUCGUCGUGAGCGGGAGCAGCUUCACAUUGAGCAGCAGCGACUUGAAAGAGAAAGGCUAGAGAGGCAACGGAUAGAGUGGGAACGGAUCAAGCUGCAGCAGGAACGAGAGACCCUGCAGCGGGAGCUUGAACAGCGACAGAUGGAGAUGCAGCUGCGCAUCGCUGCAGAGCGUCAAGCAUCCUUCAAGAGAACCCUCGACACUAGGAAUAUGGCACCUCGAGAUGUUGACCCAUACGCUGGUGAUCAGAAGCGCCGGGCAACAGGUGGCCAACAACAAGGAAGAGGCGAUUUCCAAAAUAAUGCCAACAGGGGUGGUAUAACCACACAUGCUGCCAACAACAACGAUAGGCAACAGGAGCGAUUCAAUCGACGUGACACAAGGUCAGAUAAUUCCGGGCCACGUCGAGAUAAUCAAGCUCAGGGUAACAAGUUUUCUGGGCCACCAAAUCGAGGAAGUAGGGAUGAUGGAAGACGUAACAAUGACCAGGCUCAGAGAGAUCAGCCAAGGAGAGAUGAUGCUCGCCAACGUCAGCAAAACAGAAACAACGAGCCAAUGAGACGCGAGGAGCAACAACCUCGUCGAACUGGGCCACCUCAGCGACGUGAAGACCAGCAACAAAUUGCAGUACAGCGACGAGAUGAUGGCCAGCAGAGGCGAGGAGGAGACUUCCGUAGAGAUGAUAACGUAAAACGUCGAGAUCAGCCAGAUAGAAGGGUAGACACAUCACAGAGGCAGCAAAUGACCAGAAAUGAUUCCAGGAGAGAGUCUAGAGAAGGGGUCAACAUGAGAGAUGAUAGACGGAAUGCACAACCCCAAGGUGACCGAUACCAAGGGCAGGGGCAAAAUAGAGGUGGUAAUACACAAUAUGGUGGUAGAGAUGUUGGCCAAACCGGUAAUAAUCGUGAAAGCCACCGUGAGCGAGACAGGGAUGGUGACAGAGAUCGACCUCGAGAUUCAUCACAUCAAACCCAGCAAAGGGUAUCACAUGGCAACGACUCGCGCGAAAGCUGGAAGGGUAACCGUGAUGGAAAUGCAUCUGGGCCAAGUGGUCGAUCCUCCGGCAGUCAUACCGAUUGGAAGUCAAACCAGCGUGGUUAUGAUCGAGAUAACAACCGUUCCCAGAACUUUGAUCGUGGGCAGACUAACUGGAGUGAUAGUCGUGCUGCAGGGGGUCGAGAGGAUCACAUCAGAGCAUCUGAUCAGCAAACACACCGAGGAAGUCUUCUAGGCACCCCACCCACACAAGAUUCCAACUGGGCUCCUGGUGGGAUGGAUGGUCAGAUGAAUCGUGGUGCCAGCAACCUUGUCAUGCAAGGUACCUCUCACAUCUCAACCCUGAUGAACCAGAGCCAGCCUAUCAGCUCCUUGCUGAAUACUCCAUCAAUGACCAGUCCGUUCAUGAGUAGUGGUAGUGUCAGUGGUGGCCUAGGAGCAGGGGUUAGUCUGAUGCCCCAGGUGCCAAUUGGAGGGGGAAGUGGCUACAUAAGCAAUCAGAUGUCCGUGGGUGGGGCUUCUGGUGGGGGAUCUAUGGACCGCCAUAACCAGUCACAGAGUGAUGGACGUUUUGGCAUGCGCCGCUACUAAUCCCAUUCAUUCUAUCUAAAAUGUUUUUUUUAACACUGACCAGUCUUUUUUUAACUGCUUUAAAUUUUGUUUAUGGAAGCUUUGGAGGGUAAGAGUUGCUUACAGCUCCUUGUCUUCUCAAUAUUGAAAGUCUUUAGUUUUGUAGGUACAUGUACAUGUAGUUACUGUUGGUUUAGUAAUUGAGUAUCUUGUUUAGAAGAAAAGAACGUACAAGGCAUGAAAGCAGAAAACAAUUCAGUAUGUAUUUUCAGAGAGACUGGCCCUUUUUGUGAAGCCUUGUGCCUCCAAUACAAUGAAAAGGACUUAGAAUUGUUGGUGCUCAGAAAAUGUCAUCUCCAAUGAUAAACAAUUCCACAGGUCUUUAAGUACAAAAAGUAUAAACACAAACAGAAAGUUCUAUCCUCACUUUUUAUUGCUAUUUGCUGCCAUUUCUAUUUUCAUCUUGGCUUUGUGUUUGAAUGUACUUUUAUAAAUAAGGAAACCAUUUCAAAACAAUUGACAUUUUCCCUGUGGGUGUCAAAUGUAAAUAUGUUUAGUGUAGUAUGUCAAAAGGGCGUAAACCACAAUUUAUGAAGUUGGAAAAUGUAUCAUUAUUCAUUGUACAUGCAGUGGGAAAAGUGAUGUCGCUGAUCUGUGAGUCUCUACAUAAUUCAUUGUAAAUAGGGUAUGCUAAGUUCAUGCACAUGUUAUUUGCUCCUAAUAAUUUAGUGGACAGUUUUGGGGGUCUUUUUUGCAUUAACAAAAAUUCACCACAGAAAGAAGAGGGAGAUUGUUCUUGUUAUAGGCAUAUAAGCCAUGAAGCUCCUGUUUUUUAUAUUUUCUUAAGUAAAGGAAAGUUCUACUUCUGAUGUAUUUUUGUCUUUUGUAUGGUAGUAAAGUUGAGUACAUGACCCACAUAGUUAGAGAAGAUCAAAGCUAUCCUGUCAUUGAUGCUUUUACUCUGAAGCCCCAAGGUGACAAAUAUAAAUUGAAUAUGUAAUGAUAACGAUAGGGAAAUUUCCAAACCCCUCAAAGUACUUCUGUUGGUAGUUCAAUUGUUUCAACACUGUGACAAGCUCAUGUCUAUGUAACCUUUUUUAGUAAAAAAAAAAAGGUUCAGGUAGUAUGUCGGACCAUGACGAUCAUGUUUGAAUACAACAAAUGGCAAGGUAUUCUAUUGACUAGCAAUCAGAAUUAUUUAUGUGACUUCUCCAACUAUGUAUACAUCACUAUAAUUAAUAUUUCUAUAUGUAAGCUUUAAGAAACUGUUUAUCAAUCUCAAACAAGAAGUUAUUAUAUUGCUUGCAAUAGGUUAAAUCACUGCAUAAAUGUCAUUGAAAGUUAACACGUCAAGGCAGAUGAAACACUACACAAGUAUUUACUCUUCGCCUUUGAUACUUUGUACCAAAGGGCAUACUGUUAAGCAAUUAUAUUAUUGAUGUUUACAAUUGUGUUUACUUUAUUGAAGAAGACUCUCAAGUUAUAUUUGUAGCUGUCAUUCCAACUUGUUAAUUACACCGGUGAAAUAAUUACUUUGGGUGCGUUCGUUUAGCUUCCCUGGGUCGACCCUGGUGUGUGACGGGUUUUUUUUCCAGGACGAACGUGG